AUGAGGAUACCUACUCGAGUACUCGCACCGUCGUCGGGAUUUGCGGUCCAGAAGACGACGAUUCUGCAACAACUCAUGGCGCCUAAUGCGUCGGACACGAGCGGCUCCCAUGAGGACAUGGUAGAUGUCGGUAUUCGAAAGCUGGUGGAUGAGAUCAACGAGAUAGACACACUUGCGACGACGAACAGCUGCGCGGGCCGCAUCGUUGUAUGUCUGGAAGGCAGAAGUUUGACGGCGCCGCCUUCGAACCUAGUCGAUAAUGCGCGAAUCUCUGGUGCUGCGGAAGGAGAUGGUGGUCAGGCACUGUUCGUAUCGCAUGACCCAUUGCCACUUUCAGGGAAGGGACCUGUAGCUCCAAUGUUGGGGCUAUCUGACCAUACCAAUCUGGGUGUUCCUCCAUCUAUCAACGGUAUGAGAUGGGUGCGCUGCAAGUUCGAACCCAUGGUAGGUGACAUCUCUAUCUCUUCUUUGUUGCUUGUCUGCUUUUCGGAANNCUUGCAUAUACUAUGCUCCUCACUUGAGAGCGCACAAAAGUUAAAUACAGCAGCAUUGCAAUCUGGAUUCACAGAAAGUGGUAUCUCAAGCAUAUCAACUGACAACCUCCGGACCUCCACCGCCAUCGUGGCCAUUCGAACCACCGGUCUUGCUUUUGACAGCAUCAUCGGAUACGAGGGCGCUGAUGGCAAGCUGAUUCCCAUGGUUACGGAAGCAUACAUGCGUGUCCUCGUCGAACUCUGCAAUGAGAGAUUUUGCGUCAACAAGCAGAAGACAGAAGCAUUCCGUGAAGCAUUGUUUGCAAGCUUUAAACCCCAGCAGGUGCAAUUCACGGGCCCCUCGGCUUGGGAACCUCUUGAACAGCGGAGGGCGAGGAUGAAAGAGGACGGGAUUCGACGUCAGGCAGAGACAGACGUGCAAAAGGCUGUAGAUGGAUGA